GCGCACCAGAAACCCUAGCCCAAAUCGAAGCAAGAAGCAGAUCGAUCGCGCGCCGGAGAUCUUCAGCUCGCUCCCUCGCUCGCCGGGGAACUAGCCCAAGAAAGUCCUCUGAGCUCACCUCGUCGGUCGAAAACGCGAUCGAAGCCCGGGAAUGGAGUCGCCGCCGCAGGUCCGCAAGAUCAUGGACCAGAUCCACGGCCGGCUCCCCGACGCCAUGCUGAUCGCCCUGCGCAUCCAUUUCGGAACCCUGCCCGCCUCCGCCGCCGCGGGCCGCGAGGACGUCGCCUGCUCUCUGCGGCAGCUGCAGUCGCGCGCGCGGCCGAAUCCCACUCCCACCACGGCGCCACGCGCGCCGCUGAGGCUGCGCUCCGGUUCCUGCUACGUGCCCCAGCACGACGAAGACUCCCACUUCCGCCACGACGUCUUCGGCGUGGUCGCCGUGGCGGACGGCGUCGGGGGGUGCCGCGCCCAAGGCGUGGACGCCGCCGCCUUCUCGCGCGGGCUCAUGGAGAACGCCUUCUCCGAGGUGGCCACGUCCGAGCUCGGGAAGCCCGUCUGCCCCUACGAGAUCCUGGACCGGGCGUACCGGCGCACCGCGGCCUCGGGCACGCCCGCGGCGUCCACGGCCGUCGUCGUCUCGCUGGCCGGCAGGCUCCUCCGGUGGGCGUACGUCGGGGACAGCGGCUUUGCUGUGUUCCGCGGCGGCAAGGUUCUGCGCCGGUUCCAGCCGCAGCAGUGGUAUUUCAACUGCCCCUUCCAGCUCUGCGCCGGCAAUGGCGUCACCAAGGUCGGCGACGCCGCGGUGGGCGAGAUGGCCGUCGAGGAAGGCGACGUGCUGGUGGUUGCGUCCGAUGGCCUAUUUGACAAUGUCUCCGAUUCCUCCUUGGAAAAUUUAGUGUGGUCCACCAUGCUCCUCGGCUUUACGCCCGAAGAGGUUGCGGGCAUCAUGGCAUUUCGAGCAUAUGUCACGUCCAAGGAUCCCAAAACAGACUCGCCUUUCAGCGUUGCCAGCCGGGAGCAGGGACAGCCUCGCACUGGCGGGAAGGAGGACGACAUCACCGUCGUGGUGGCGUUCAUUGAGUCUCAGGACUCGGGAUUCUUUGGUUACUAGUUCAACCUUUUUUUCUGAACAGAAGCUAAUAGUUUGUUGCUUUUGUGCAGGUUCAAGAUUUGGAUUGGGCGAAGCCAGCAGCUCCCGUAGACAAUUAUUUUGAUAGUGUGGGGGUUAAGGCUGAGCUGACCGAGAACUUCGAGAUGGGUGGGUGUCUCGGACAAAACCUCUGAAUUUAUCAAGCUGAAUCCCCUCAGAAAGUCCCUCAGACUCUGGAUGGUGCUGUUUUUGGGAGCAAUGCUAUUCGACGCUAUGUUGAUCGUUCGAAUGGUGGCAACCUUCUUUUCGGAUAUUCUCUUAUCGAAUAUGCAGGUACGAAGUGAUGGAUGGACUUCUCUACUGGAGAGGUUGAUUCCAAUAUCGCAAGAAUACCAUGUGGGUCAAGGUUGAGCUGGCCAAGGACCUCGAGUUUGGUGUCUCAAACAAAACUGCUGAAUUUAUCAAGAUGAAACCCCUCAGAAAGGUACAUACACCAAUUAAAUGUACAGACAAGUUCAAAUUUUUAGUACAGUGAUUCAGGAACUGAUAAUUCUUUGCAUGUGCCUGUCCUGGAGACUCCGGGUGGUGCUAUCUUUCAGAGGAAUGCUAUUUGACGGUACGGUAAACAUUGUGCUACACCCUUUGAUUUAAAUUUACCGUCCCUUUCACUGAUUAUAAUAAUAAAUGUUUACCUUUAAUUCCCGAGGUGCCCAUUCGAAGGGUGAGAAGCUUCUUUCAGUUUUCAGAGAAUCUCUUAUUGAACAUACAGUUACUCUGUGGUUCUGUAACUACAAGUACCACAAAGAGAACACUAUGUCAUAUGUGGCCCUGAACAAGAUUGGCAGGUUCCUAUUGUGGAUGGAUCUGUGCUACAAGAAUGCUUUCGGCAAGAUGCUUGUGAUUGGUUCUGUGGCGCCCUUCAGGGUCAAGGAACUCCACCCUUUUCCAUGACCAGGACAUCCUCAU